GGGGGGGGGGGCGUGUCAAGAAAGGGAUAAUUGCCCAUCCCCUUCAGCCACUACAUGAACUUCAUCAAUCCUGAUCUUGUCCACGUGCGCACCAGGGUGCGCGACUCUGAGAGCUUGGCCUGAUUUAAAUCCACUAGACGUUACGGGGACGAUGACAGGGAAUCCCUGGGGAUAUGGAAAACAGGACGGUCCUUCUGUAUGGCACAAAAACUACCCUGUUGCAGAGGGGGACCGUCAGUCUCCCAUUGACAUUGACCCUCAUCAGGCUUCACAUGACCCCAGUCUGGGUCCGAUUGUCCUGAACUACGAUAAGUGUACCUCCAUCAAAAUUGCCAACAAUGGACACUCUGUUGUUGUGGAGUUUGAUGACUCUGAUGAUCGUUCAGUGAUCAAGGGAGGCCCGCUCGGUAACCCCUACAGGCUGAAACAGUUUCACUUCCACUGGGGCGGAAAGGACUGCCAUGGGUCUGAGCACACUGUUGCAGGGAAUAGCUAUGCAUCUGAGCUUCAUUUAGUACACUGGAAUGCUGUCAAGUACAAGACGUUUGAGGAGGCGGCAGCAGCUCCGGAUGGCCUCGCUGUCCUUGGCAUCUUUUUAGAAACAGGUGAUGACCACAGAUGGCUCCACACGAUAACAGACGUUCUGUACACGGUCAAGUUUAAGGGCAGUGUCAAAGAUUUCAAAGGUUUCAACCCCAAGUGCCUUCUGCCCAGCAGCCUUCACUACUGGACCUACCUGGGAUCUUUGACCACACCCCCCCUGCACGAGAGCGUCACCUGGAUUGUCGUAAAGGAUCCAAUCAUAGUGUCUGAAAAACAGCUGAGCAAGUUCAGAACACUUGUGUUCACUGGAGAGGAAGAGGAUCAGAGGACACGCAUGGAAAACAACUUCAGACCUCCCCAGCCUCUCAAAGGCAGGAAAGUGCGUUCCUCCAAUUAAUGCGAGCCCAAGACAUCUAAAGAUGUCAAGAUAACAGUGGCUCUUUCAGACACUACAAGAUGCAUUCAUUUGAUUGUACUUUUUUACCUCAUGGUAGCUUCUCCUGGGGAUUUCUGAAAUACUUUGGACAGAAGAGUAAUUCUCAUCACUGCCAGCAUAUUGAGAUGUUUGUGUCCCUCUACUAGACGGAAGCGAUUGGCCGAGGAAUCAGUUUUUGAAUGAUUUAG